CCUGCUGCUUCCCACUGAAGAGCUCACAAUGCGCCGCUCCUCGACGAGCGUGUAGGUUCCUUGAUCGAUUUCGGCGCAAUCUCCACAGAUUCCGGUUCUGCUCGGGAAGCACAUCAGGUACAUUUUGAUUUUUUCCGCAAGAACUCCAAUAUCUCCCGAAAUCAGGAAUCUCCGCGGUGUGGAGUGGAUUGAGCAGCAUUUACGAUCUCUGUGAGUGAAUCUUCCAAUCUUUUAGGUUUUGUGAAAUUCCUCUUGUCCUCUUGUAGGCGAUGGCAGCAGAUGCUGAAGCAGGUCAGGAAAUUACACGAAAUGCGAGCCGGACACUGCACCGCCCCCUCAGAUUGUUUAAGCAGAAUCCUGCACUGGGAGCCGUCCUGGUAAUCGUUUUGCUCUUCUGCCUUGCUCUGCUUACUCGCCCGUGAAACGCACACCGUCAACAUCAAGUGGUAAAUGUGAAGCAAAGGAUCAAUUUCAACCAUGGAGCCGACAGAGGCAAAGUACCUCUUCAAAUUCCUACUUCCAAGGCGCAACAUGUCGUGCAGGUUAUCAAAACCAGGCUCCUUCAGGCAGCUGUUGUUUCUGGAGGAUCAGAAGCCCAUCUUGGUUGAGCUUGAUUGUCAAUGUACAGCAGAGGACCUCCAUACAGGUGAUGACGACUGUUCAGCCCGUAGUACUGGUCCCGUGGUCCCCAAGUUUUCUAGUUUUCAACCAAAUUGUUUAUAUGUUUGCCCAGUUUACAGAAGAUCAUGCUUCACUUUGAGCAACUGCAGUACACCUCCAGGUGGUCUCUUCAUCUUUAAUUUGACCAUGCUUGGAACGUAAUGGAAACUCUUUUGGCGACUUUGUAAAUUGGUUGAUGAUCCGGUCCUAAAUUUUAUAAAAAGAAGUUAUUUUA